AUUCAGAAGAGGAAGACUUGGCAAGCCAUAUAUACUCUGUCUUUGCAACCAUCAAAUCCUUCAUCAUGUCAGAGACUCUUCCCACUCCUGCACAAGCCGAGGUGUCCAACACUACAGAAUCUCCAGAAGUGGAAUGCCCAGUCUGCUAUCAGGAGUAUGACCAGGACUCCAAACUCCCGCGCAUGCUGGAAUGCCUUCAUGUCUUCUGCACAGAGUGUCUUCGCAAAAUCCAGCUAACUCCUCUGCACCCUCCGGACCCCAACAGCACCCCCUCAAUCUCGUGUCCCCUCUGCCGUCACUCCACCCCACUGCUAGGUGGCGAUGCACACUCACUUCCCUGCAACUCACGGAUUCUCUCCCAACUCCCUCCAAUAGCAUUCCGUCUGCCUGUCUCAGUUUCUGCCCGGAUGGCCACGGUGACCCAACGGGUAGUGCUGUCUGUGGGCGAGAGAGAUACCCGCUUCAUAAUCUUGCCCACUGUUAGUUUAAGGGUAGAGCAGAUGGGUGAAGGUACAGAAAGGGUACAGCCGCCUGAGUUGCUGCAUCAAGAGAUGGAAGCUCUUAGGAAACACAAGAAGACAUUGAUGUGUGUUCAGAUGUUUGCUGUCAUUUUCUGGAUUAUGUUUGUGUUGACUUGUGUUGUUGGGGUUGUGUUUGGGCCAAGCAUCUUUCAUAAUUAGGAGUUGAAGGACAUGAACUUAUAUCCUUUAUAAAUAAAUAUGUUUUAUAGUUAAUGCAGUUAACUACGUCUGUGGUAACUCUAUUAGGGACACCUUGGGACCAAUGGGUAACAUGCAGAAGUUUAGAAAAGUCGUGAAAUGUCUACAGUUACAGUUAUACCAUUUGUGUGGCCUAAAGGUGUCCAAAUACUUUCGGACUAUGUGAAUUUAUUAUGAUUUCCCUGCUAUUUAUGUGAAUAUUUAUCCAUUUGUUUAGUAAAUAAAGGGCAUUAUUCUCUCAAGAUGUAUGUGCCUUGUCAACAGUGGCCAAAACUAAUGUAUUUUUUAAAGUAAUAGUCUAAGGUUCUCAACUUUGGCCCUCGAGAUCCACUUUCCUGAGUUUAGUACUAACCCUAAUCAAACUCACCUGCCUGCAAUUUUCUGGUAUUCCUGGGGCACGUUCAAUCUCACAACGGUGCACAACGUUUUGCUACGGUUUCCGGGUUGAACGACACGUUUCCUGGAAACGGUGUGCAACGGAAUGCAACCGGUUUUAGAAGCGUUUUCUCUUGUUUGGUGGGUGUGUCAGAAAUGUCGGCCCAAUCAGCGGCAAGAUGUAUAAAACCACGCGGUAGUAAAGAGACAGCUCGCUCAAUGGGUUCAUGUUGGAAUGUUGUCUUUCAUUCUGGACGGCAAGGUCAGUGACUGUAACAUUGAGGGUCUUUUACAGUAUUAAACACACAUUUAUAACGAUUUCAUCAGGCUUCAGAAACAUUUAAAAAAGAACACAAAGAAUGGCCUCUCAGCUACCGUAGUUGCAACUCUUUCGUCAUCACAACAGGGUGUUCAAUGCAUCACCGUUUCUGUUUAAUAAACGUUGUGCAACGUUUUGUCGGGGCUGAACGCAGCCCUGAAGACCUUGAUUACCUUGCU